AUGUCGACAAACCCUCAGCCCACAAAGCAGUCAAGAUGGGGCGGUUUCCUCCAGCAAGCAAUUGCGGGAGUCGAAUCCAGGCUGGACACGAUUCUGGCUGACCAGGACGAGGAAGAUGGGGUCAAGGAUGUUGAUAAGGGAGGCAAACCACCACCGCAGCCAUCGCUGCAGGCCCCAAUGUCGUUUGCAAAAUCUGUUUCACCUGCACCCGCUAGGAGCCCUUCCACCUCGAGAGCGAACGAUCGUCUUCAAGAGCGCUUGGCGCGGGCAAUGUCUAAACGAGAAAGCGCCACAGGGAGCCCUAUUUCCCCUACAGAAACACUUUCACGAGCCACAAGCCCGCUUCCCGGCCACAAUCACAGGACAAGCCUUGAUAGCGUUACUGCAAGGGGGGAUACUAGUGCUAUGAGAUACGACAGUGCGUCAAUGUCGUCAUCUCCUAUCCCUCGAUCAAGCCAAGAUAUUCAACCUCCGCCGCGGACUUCAAACGAUAUCCGCUUAGAUGCGGAUGAAAACCCUAAUGGCUCCCAUAUCGAGGAUGGCCAGAGAGAAACUAGCCCCUCAGGAGAUGGGCAUGUCGUUUCAAGGGCUGUAGAAAACUCCGUCCCUAAAAUAGGAGUGACAGAACCAACGGAAACAUCUACGGAUGACUAUGGAGGAGCCAUGGCGCAAGUGAGAGCGGAUCAUGAAAUGUCAGAGCUCCGAUGGCAAGAAGAACUACACGCAUAUAUUGAGAGAAUCGAUGCUUUGCAAUCAAAAUUAAAAUAUCUAGCAAAGGAGGCUGCGGAGUCCGCCAAAAAUGCCGCAGCAUCUGCGGAAGCCGGGAGUCUCGAGAAAAAGCUUCUUGAAAAGGAUGAGCAGAUUGCGAAUUUAAUGGAGGAAGGCCAAAAACUUUCAAAAACCGAGCUGGAUCACCGAGCAACCAUUAAAAAGUUACGACAAAGUAUUGCAGAGAGUGCGAAGUCGCAAGCUGAGACUAAAAAGAGGCUAGAGAAGGUUGAGAAGGACUUAGUAAAUGCAGAGGAUCGAGCGAGUCAAGCGGAGAUCGCGGAGCGGAAGGCCUUAGAAAGAUUAAAUUCUGUGUCUAAAGCCGAAAAACAACUUGAAACCGCGACCGCAGAACGUGAGGCAUGUAACGCAACAAUAACAGAUCUGAAAUCUCAGCUGGCAAGAGCUGUGUCAAGAGCUGAAGCAGCCGAAAGGAAAGCUCGGAUGGAAGCUACAGAGGCCGAAAAACGCCAAAUAGCCGAGCUUAGGGAUGACCUCUCCAGCGCCAAGAUAGAACGAGAGAUCAGCGAAGAAAAGCUUCGAAGGGAGAUCAGAGAUUUGAAAGAAGGCAUUGAGAGGGAGAAGGAACGCGCGAGAAUCCGUGAAAUUGAACUUCGCGGUGAACAGUCUGUGCUCGAGAGUAAAAUGGAAAGCCUGCGAUCGCGGGCGGAGGAAGUGUCUUCAAGCGCAACCGGCGAAUCGCAUGCAAAGCUCCUUCGCCAGAUCGAAGUACUACAAACCCAGUAUGCUGUUGCCAGCGAGAACUGGCAUGGAAUAGAAGGAUCGUUAAUAGCACGCCUAACCGCUGUCGAAACAGAAAGAGAUGAGCUCGAACGGAGGGAAGGGGACUUGCGGAGGAAAGCCCGUGAAGCGAGCCUCAAAGCCAAGAAAGUCGAAGGUGAAUUGGAGAAUUCCCGAGCCGUCAUCCAGGAGAUAGAGAGGAACCUCGAAGCAUCAAAGCAGGAAAUCCAAAUCCUAACACGCAAACUCACAAAAGCAGAGAACGACUUUCUCGUUGUCAAACAGGACCUCGCUAAACAAAAGGAGGCGGAGUUAACGCUAAUACAACGGCUUGAAGAGGAAAGGGCAAGAUGGCAAGAACUCGCUCGGCGACCUUCAUCCCCCUUCCUCCAGGAACCCCCAACGGGAUCACCCAUUACAUUCAACCGUAAACAAAUGGCCGUCCCCGAUCCCACUCGGCCCACGUCCGACCGGGCGCUGAGCCGUAGAUCCUCCUCAAUCCCACCGGCCCUCUUCUCUGAGCUAACCACACCACCCUACCAAAAUCACUUCUCACCCACAAACUCCAACCCGCAGCAACCUCGCAUCACUCCCUCUCAUGAAUUCUCAGGCGAUCUCACUCACGCCCAAACCUACGAGCCUGAAGAAUAUUUCAUCGGCAUGAGCACGCCUGUCACCCCAUCCGCGCAAGGAACCCGCACCCACCAUUCACGCGGCGUCAACGAUAUCAUUUCCGUCUCGACAGUCGCCGCGGGGCCUUCCGUCCAAGUUGUCGAGCGCAUGAGCACCACCAUCCGCCGCCUGGAAAGCGAGCGGGCCGCGUUCAAGGACGAAAUUGUCCGACUAACUGCGCAGCGCGACGAGGCGCGGCAGGAAGUUGUGGAGCUGAUGCGUGAGGUGGAGGAAAAGAGAAAAUGCGAUCAGCGGAUACAGGAGCUGGAAGCGACGGUCGAGCAGCUCGAUCAGCGGUAUCAGACUACGUUGGAGAUGCUGGGGGAGAAGAGCGAGUUGGUUGAGGAGCUGAAGGCGGAUAUAUCGGAUUUGAAGAAGAUAUAUCGCGAGUUGGUGGAUAGCACGAUGAAGUGA